AAACGACUGCCGUUCGUUAAUUCUCAUCCGCUCCUUCAUCUGAAAGGUCUUCCGUUCCUCAUCUUCAACCCAUUUCACCAUAUCAUUUAGGUCAAAAGUGAGAUUUGAACCCACUUCUUCUCCGGCGAAAAGAUAUCUACAAACUCUCCUCGGCUCUCAUGUUCCCCGCAUCUUCUCCCCCCCAACGUAAAUUUUUUUUUGGUAUUAAUUAAUACUACGUAUAGUCCUUCUCAGAGUGAUAGGUAUAGGGGUCUCGCGAAUCGGGCGACUCACAAGGAGUCUGUCAACAACACCGGCGAUUUAACUGAGACCACACCGGCUGGAGCAGGGACUUCAAUACCGUCACCACAGCUCUAGGUGGGAGUGAACAACAACGCUCAGAUGGGACCAGAGGCAUCCAAGUUCAAAAUUAAAUCUACCGUGGCGAUGGUGUUACGGUUGGGACUGAAACAGGUGGACAACCCUUCGAACGAGAACUAGAUGGGACCUCAUCUAAUACACCUAUCCUGAGAUGGCAACAUGACUCCAACAGAUACAUGCAAGUCUGGGAACGAUGACCUGCAGUUCACCGAUCGAGGAACGACGGCUGCUGGCGAAACGCAGCUGCAAACCAUCGUUUCUGGCGACCAGCAGGGGAACGACUCUGGAUUACCUCCUCUACUCAAACACGAUGCAAGGCAGAUUGUGGGCUGUGGAGAAACGAGGCUCAAGACCAGAGACUCAACUGGAACAUUGGAGAUGAUAGAGGACUUUGGUAGUCGUCCAAAGCUACUGGCAUGAGCAGUGGAAGGUGGUCAGGGUUGUCCAUUGUUGCUGGGAGGAACAAAGAUGUAGGUAAAUCGGAGGGAGAUUUCACCAAACUGCAGAAAUGGUCUAAUUUGCAGAAAGAUUUUUUCUAUUCUGCUCAGGGAACUAGGGUGCAAGGAACAAGUAAGAGUAGAAUUGUUAAAAUCGAAAGUAAAGCCUUUUGUUUUGAAUUCAUACCCACUGGUCUGCAUAUUAUUCAAAACAAAAACAAUCACAGUCUAUCUAUUUCUCUUGAUGUUAAUGGUGUUAAUUGGCUUUGCUCUUCAUUUGAUAAAAUCCAAUCUGGACGGUCUCAUACGAAACAAAGAUACGAGGAGUCUUGAAAACUCCAACUUUCCUUGGAAGAUAUCAGUAUGGGGGUUUUAUCCGCUUGGUUGAUUCGGGACCAAUGGGAAGAACAACAACCAUUAUUCCAGAAGGUUGGAACGGUUCAGGUUUUAGACGCUUUUACCUUGCUUUAUUAGACCAGCAUAUCUUGAUGAAUGAUUUCACGAAAGAAGAUCAUGAUUUGGAUUUGGAGGAACUCGGUCCUUUUGUUGUGUGUGUUAAUUACAUGGUGUCUUUUCUGGUGCCCUUUGAAUCUAUUUCUUCACUACUUUUCAAUAUGGACUUACAUAAUUUUGGUUACUUAUCUAAUACAGAUAUUAGAUUCAUCUCUUUAUUGACUGUGGCUGAUCCGGGGAACUUUUUGAUGGAAACGAUUGAGAAACAAUGUAACCAUGAGGUUGGUUUUCAGGAUUUUUCACAAGGAUGCAUUACCGUUGGAACCGAGGUUAUGGAUAUAUAUAUAUUCACAUGGUAUUGUUGAUUCAUCGCCUAUUCAAGUAUCCUUGCCAAGUACACUACCCGUAGUUGAGGGAGGGUUAUUUUCUUCGGCCUCUGUCGAGUUAGGUGAAGAUCUUGAAGCUACUCCUGUUUGACGGUUGCUUAUCGAUAGAGACCUACUUGACAGAUUAUCCAAUUUUGAUGGGAGACUUUCCAACUAUGCGCUUAUACCUAGGAGGAGUGCAUGUCUUAAAGCAAAAAAAGUAGUUGUGAGAUUAGGUUUGUCUUAAUUAUCUUUGAGUUCGUUAGAAGAUUGUAUUGGGCGAUUAGGAUUGCUUUUCUCUUCGGGUUGCAGUGAUUUGGGAUUUGGAGCGUAGGCUUGCUUUUCUUCCCACUUGGACUUCAUUGCUCAAUUUCAAUUCCCUCACCAAUGUCAGCUUUGUUUAGUCUCAUUUGUUUUUUCCUUAAGUAGUGCUUGUACUCUCUUUCAUGUUUACUUAAUAAAACAUACUCUGUAUUUAAUUUUGUUUUUAAAAAAAAAGAAAAAAAAAUAUUAUAUUCAACUAAAAAACCGGUUGUACCUCAGUUCUCUUAUUCUCUCCACCUCAUGUGCAGGGUAGGUUACGGCAAUCGAAGAGGCCCUCUCACCUCCAAUCGCCACGUUGUUCAGUUAUGAAUAUGUUUUCGGCUUUUGGUAGAUGUCCUCUUCUGCUGCUCAACACUUUUCUUCUGGUAAACCUUGGGCCCAAAACGCCAUUAUCAUUUGUUUUUCGCUUUCUCUGUUCACCUUUGUUUGAAAAGCAUUGGGCUGAAUACUACCUGGGAAACAAUAGUCCAUACUUAUAUAAAGUUUUGAUGCCUACAGUAAUAGAAAAAUUGAGAAUCUCACUUUUACAUUGUAAUCCAUGUGAUCCCUUUUCUUUGAUUUGUUAUUAGUAAUCCAUGGUAUAGAAUAUGUAUGUAUGUGAGAAUACAAUUAGAGCUCAUUAACAACGGGAUGUUUGAUUUAUCAGGAGUUUCAAAUUUGCAUCUCUCUUCAUCUACAUAGCCGCUUCAACUUUGCAGUCACUGUCCAUUCUUCUCUUUGCACACUCCUCAGGAGACAAAAGUCAUGUGCUACAUACAUGGAGCACAAAACAAUGGUCUCGUAUAUGAAUCCUUUAGAGUUAAAACAUAGCAUUGGAUCAAUUUAGCACUUCAUUUAAGAAUGCUCAUUCUUAGAAUGUAUUUAUCCGUCUCUUAACACUUCUGGUCUACUUGCCGUUAGUUGGCUGGAAGUAGCUAAUCAAAGUGAGAAUGAAAGCUGCAGGAGAAGGAUGGAACAGAUUGCCAUCACCUUCGUUUCCAUUUCAUGGGAGCUGCAGCUUCCCUUUUACUAUCAUUAAACUACGAUCGAUUAUGAUCAGAAAAAAAUAACCUUGUUUUAAGAAGUUGUUGUACUGGCUUAGGGCUACUGACUUUCCCACUUACUGUUAUUCGGCCUGGCUGCACGGAGCUGCUAAUUUUCUUCCCUACGUGAGCACAUAUAGUUCGCCAAGGUGAAUAGGUUGGAUGGACGGCGAUGAACUUGAAGCUUGACACUAUGGUGAUGGCAUUCUUCACACGCUCCCACCUCUUCUGGCAACCUCUGCUCUUUCUCUUAUCUUUCUUGUUUCAGCUCUCUGACGGUGAGUUCAAAUACUAACAGAUGACAAACGGAUGGGGUGCAAAAUUUAAAGUUUUUCAAAAUGGGGUCUAAGCUCCAAUUCAACUCACAAAAGAGGGUGCAAAGUAAAAUUGUCCCAUUAUUAAUAAUAUCUCUUGCACUGUAGAAGUGCAGAUAUAUCUCCAUAAUUGUAUACAAGGUGUGUUAUAUCUGAUUAUGGUUAUUUAUAUGAUGUUGUAUGAGCUCUUAUCAUUUACUUUAUAUCACAAUAUAUUAGCGUACGUGCCUUGUCCAUCUCUUUGACAAAAAUAAACUUUAGAUUUCCCAGCUUUAAGGCAAGAGCACACUUGUAUAGUUGUAUAGCUUAUUCAAUGCCUUCUGUUGAGAAGCCAGUGUAUCUCAUUCUAUUGCACUUGCUAUUACUUAACAAACAAUGAGUAGGUUCUAUUAUUAUGUUGCCUGUAUAGUGAAAAUCGUAGUAAAAUUGGCUCAAGGGUGAAUGAGUAUAUUAAGAGUAGAAAUGAGACCACUAUGGUGCUAUGAAUGUUUUUCAUUUUUUCCUAAAAGAUUCACACAGUACAUACAUAGGAAAUCGAUACUAUAUACUACUUUUUAUAAGGUAAAACAUAUCGGGCAUUUAUCCUAUCGCACAUUAGAAAUUGGUACUAGCUAUAUAUUCCGUACUUUUAAGAAAGUAAUUCAUAUUGGGCAUUUAUCCUACCGCGCAACGCGCGUAAGAAAAUGAUUAUUGCGAGUGUGAGAAUUACACAUUGUGCCCAAUGUGUUUUUAUAAUAGUGGUAAUGGCGAAUGUGUAAGAAGGGGUGAUUGGGAUAUAUGCUAGGAGAAAAUGAUCAUGUUUGUGUGGUAGUGUGUGUACAACAUGUAUUCCCUUUUGAAAUAACAUUGAAAUAGAACUCCCAAAUAGAGUAAUGAAAAUUUCAUGAUUGCAUUAUUAGUGUGCAAUUUAUUAAAAUGAGAAGAAAUAGCCAUAAUAUUGUAUCAUGGAAACAAGCUUAGUAGGGUAUCAUGGGAAAAUAUGUUUAUGGUUGCAGGAGAGAUAACAUUCAAAAAUCAAAAUGGAACAUAGUACUGCAAAAAUGAAAGUAUUUGAAUGUAAUAACACAAUUUGGUGAGUCGUGGAAUGGUUUGGAUGGUUGUGUAUUUUCCGUCACACUGUUUUGAUGUGUUUCAUUGGAGGACUUGAAGUGUUUGUGCUUUCACUGGGUGCAGUGUGAUCGGCAACAUUUGCUUCAUCCAUCUUUAUUAUAUGCAACGAAGACUCGUGCAAAGAUGUUAUGAUAUAAGAUGUCUUUGAAGUACGAGGAUAGUUGUUUUUUGAACUCCAAUUGUCUGGUGAAGACCUCAACUGGACUAUGUACUCUUCCUUAGCAAGGCGCUUGUUUAUGUAUGGGAAUGAAGCUUUUUUCCCCUACCAAGUACAAAAGAAUUUCAAUGAGUGGUUUCAUAUAGAAUUUAAACCUAGUAGAAAAUUAGACUUUGACAAAUGAUAUUAUUCAUAUUUCUACAGGACCCAAAUUCCAUAAGAGAUUAUGCUUCAUUUGAUGAUUUUGUAAAAAAAUCUAUGGCAUAGAGUUGGCGAAUAAUCUUUUGGGUGACAUUUUUAAUUAAUUUUACAAU